GCAAGUGAACUCGUAUCAUGUGACUGUAAUACAGGACAAAACAUUCUUUGAGUCCCACAUUUAAUUUAAAUAUACGACAAAAUAACCUGAAGAUUUAUUCUAUGUGUUAACACAUCAUAGAGCGUCAGAAAAUGCUGUUAGUUUUAUCAGAAGAGCACAAAGAACAUUUAGGUUUUUUAUCUGAAGUGGAUCCUGCGGUUGUUGGGGAGUUUGGCAGGAUCGCUGUCGAGUUUCUGAAAAAGGGCUCAACCCCUAAAAUAUACGAGGGAGCCGCACGGAAACUCAAUGUGUCAUCAGACAGCGUCCAGCACAGCGUGGAGGGGUUGAUGUACCUCCUCACCGAGAGCUCAAAACUGAUGAUCUCUCAGGUGGACUUCAAGGACUCUGUACUGGUGCUGGGAUUUAGUGAGGAACUCAAUGAACUUCUCCUGCAGCUGUAUUUAGAGAACCGGAAGGAGAUACGACAGAUCCUCAGCAAACUCGCCCCCAGCCUCCCCCAUUACCACAACCUGGAGUGGCGACUUGAUGUUCAGUUGGCCAGCAGGACUCUCAGGCAUCAGGUGAAACCCACAGUGACCAUGAAGCUCCACCUGGAGGACAAAGGGCAGCGCAGCGCACGUGUGCUGCAGACGGAUCCCGCCACGCUGCAGCAUCUUAUUCAGGAGCUGGAGCGCGCUCUUGCCGAGCUCAAGAGCAACCACUGCCGCCGCAUUCUCCGCAAUAUCAAAUAGUGCCACACUGCAGUCACCUGCAGCAGAAAGAAGCAUUGGAAAGAAUAAAAACUCCCAUUGCUACAUGCGCAAAUAUUUCAGGAUCUGCCUUUACUCAGGAAGGAAUGAUCUUGUAAUUGACGCACCCAAUUUUGCGAUUAAUCUUGUAGCACGCGCACCAUUGCAACAGAAAACCUUUAAGUGUGCACAGGGUGACAACAUUCAGUUUUGUAGUGUGUAUUUGGCAAAACAAUUGAAUUAAUCAUAAACCAAUAUAAUGGUGAUAAGAUUUUGAGUUGUUUCUGUGGAGAAUCGGUGCAGAUUACAUUGAUUACAUGUUUAGUAAGUGCCAUAAGUAAUAACUAUUGCCUUGUAUUCAGUCCAUGAAUUUGUUUUGUUGUCAUUUUGGGAGUUCACAUCCCAAGUAAAAAUGUAUAGGAUCAUUUACUGAACUGUCAUUGUAGAUGCAUUUUUGCACCGGGUUCAAUAGAAGUUAUGCUCAAUCGACAACAUUUCUAGCAUAAUAUUGAUAGCACAGAAAGUCAUUUCAUUUUGUCCCUUGUUUAUUUAAAAAUAAGUAACAUUUGUGGUCACAGUAGGGCACUUUGCAUUACUUUACAUUACUUUUAAAGAUUUUCUAAUAUGUACAUUAUGUUGACUAAUGUGGCCAAAUCCAUUAAACCGCCUUAUUUUCACAUGGCACAUUGUACUGUUAACAUUCAAAGUGAAUGAAUGAAUGUAGUGUGUGCAUUUAGUUCUUCGUCCAUUCCUGUAACAAAAACAUGAUUUGUCAAUCUCUGCAUUUAUGAUUUUAUAAAGAAAUGCAAA